AUGACUGCGACUCAGUAUAAGGAGUUGGCUGGUUCUGAAUUGUCAACUCCCAAAGAUAUAGUUCAUUUCAUUCGUUCUGAACAUGGUUUAAGUAUAUCUUACCAAAAAGCAUGGCGUGCUUGUGAGGUUGCGUUGGAUGAUAUUCACGAAUCUCCUAAGGACUCCUACAAGAUGUUACCCAGAUUUGCAUACAUAUUGAAACUCAACAACCCAAUCAUUUCUAUUGAUGGAACUAGUCUGAAAAAUAAGUACGGUGGUACUUUGUUAUCUGCUUCAACAACUGAUGCCAAUGAUCAGAUUUUUCCACUAGCUUUAUGUGUUGUGGAUUCUGAGAACGAUUCCCCAUUGAUUUGGUUUUGGAACCAGUUGAAAAGAAUUAUAGGUGGCCGGAAUGAGGUUGUCAUAAUAUCUGAUAGGCAUAAAAGUAUAUGCAAAGCUAUAGAGAUAGUAUUUCCCGACGUUUUGCAUUGCAUCUGCCUUGUUCAUUUACUUAGGAACCUCAAGUUGAAGUAUAAGAGAAUAAUGGAUAUCGUCUUUCAUUCAUGUGGGAAGGCAUUUAAUAUUGUAGACUUCAAACACAAAAUGCGUUUGUUGGAAUCUUCUGCCCCUGGUAUACGUGAGGAGCUUGAAUCUAUUGGUUUUGCUAAGUGGUCUCAUGCCUACUCACCACGUAGGAGAUAUAAUGUCAUGACCACUAAUAUAUCUGAGAGUUUGAAUUCUACUAUGCUGAAGGCUAGGGAGUUAUCAAUAUGUUCAAUGCUUGAGCUUUAUCCGAUUAAUAACAUGAAAUAUCAGGUCAUAGAUGGAUCAUCCCAAUAUGUUAUUUAUUUAUUUACGAAGGUUUGUAGUUAUAGGAUGUGGGAUACAUUGGAAAUACCUUGUGUGCAUGCAUGUGCUGUUUUCACCAUGAAACAUUUAUCAAUUAAGUCAUAUGUCUCCCUCGUUUACUUGAAUAGCACUUUGAGUUCAAUAUACAGAGGAGUAAUAAAUCCUUUAGGUGAUCAUCGUCAAUGGCAAAUACCUGAUGAUAUUAUGUCCAUUGUCAUCCUUCCACCUAAUGUAAAACGUGUUGUUGGUCGACCGAAGAAGAUUAAAAUUCCUUCAAGAAUGGAGUUCAAGAGAUGCGUUAAAUGUGGCCGGUGUAGACAUGUUGGUCAUAACCGCAAGAGAUGUAAGUUUUUCUUAUUGAACUAG